CGGCAGCUGUGGCGGAGACACCCCCGCCUCCCCAACCACCCGCGCCAAACCAUCCCCCAUCCAUGGCGUCGGUAUCGCGGCUGCUCCCGCCCGCGCCUCCUCCGGCCACGCCGCUCCACCGCACGCUUAGUACACGCAGCCACCUCGCCAUCCCGCGCCUCCGGUGCCAUGCCGCCUCCUCUGCGUCGGCUUCCAGCGGCGCCGCCGUGCUCGAGCGCGGCGGAAGAGCCGCAGAGGUGGCCCUGCGGGAGUUCGUCACGCUCGACGAGCUCCGCGCCGCCGUGCGCCUCCGCGUGCGGACCUUCUGCGAGUACGCCGUCGACUCCGUCGGAGCCGAGGAUCACAGAAAGGCUCUUGCAGAAAGGGAAUUUGAAGCGUUGCAGGAUAGAAUUUCUGGGAGAAUGAUCAAUUUCCAAAGAGUUUCUUGUAUAAAUGGGACAGUACCACUGUCCCAGUCCUUAAUGACAGCUGAUGAACUUUGUUCUAUGUGCAAGUUUGUGGAGGAUGGAGAAGAAAGAGUAGUAGUUGGUAGUUUAGACCUUAAUCAGUGUCUCUGGCUACCAAAUGAAUUGACUGGCAAGAAGCCUGGGGUGAAUGAAGACAGCCAGACAAGAGCGUACCUGAGCAAUGUUUGUGUCGCUAAGGAGCUCCAAAAAAAGGGGUUAGGUUAUGCAUUGGUUGACAAGUCCAAGAAAUUAGCUCGUGAAUGGGGCAUAACAGAUCUGUAUGUCCAUGUCGCCAUAAACAACAUAGCAGGACAAAAGCUGUACAUGAAGAGUGGAUUUGUUUAUGAAGGCGAAGAACCUGCAUGGAAGGCUAGGUUUCUGGGGCGACCUCGAAGGUUGCUUCUUUGGCUCGAUAUGAACAAAGAGCCAUUGUGAUCUUGCAAUAUAAAAUACAUGUUUGUUAUUAUGUUGUAAUUGUUUAUUUUUACUACCCACUCUCAAAGCUCUAAAUGAUUGUAGAUCAUCUCUCUUGUCUCACUAAUUCUUGUUCAUAGCUAUGAAUCCGCUCAAAUGUGCUUUUAGUGUAUCGGCUGGAAUGUUUUUGGGAUUUAUCAUUCAUGAGAAGGCAUAGAGUUUUCUUUUGGUGUA